GUCGUCUAAAAUUUCCCAACGCUGUGCCUCCGUUCAACUUUUUCCAUCCCGCGCAGUCUCGAAGGACGACCUCUAGUCUGCAAUAUUACUUUGCCGACUAGACAAUAACUGAAGGGCCUUUAGUAAAUAUCGGUCAUUCGUCCCUAUUCAGCGGUAGAUUCGUGCGACAAGGUCAACCACCUGGCAUCAUGCUGUCAAGAGCACUUAUGCGCUCUGCGCGACUACCGGCGCUUUCGAGAACAACCAUAACACAUCCCGCUAUUUCUAGAAUACCCAAUCCGACAAGUUCAAUAUGGGUACGAGGCAUGGCUAAGAAUAGAAACCGAAACCAAGGUCAAAACCAGGGAUCGAGACCGAACCAACCCUCGGCUAAGCCGUCACAACCAACGAAGCCUACUAAACCAUCUCAACCAGCUCAGUCAGCUCAAGCAGCGCGGCCAGCUAAGCCUGCUCAAGUAGCGCAAUCAGCUCAAUCAGCUCAAUCCCAAGCGCCUAAACCAACCCCGGAACCCACUCCUUCUGCGCAACCUUCACAAGGAGUCGAAGCCGAAUCCGAAUCGAAACCCGACCUUAGCUCUCUUCCCGACCUCACCCAAGGUAUCCCGUCCACCCUCGAAUAUGAGACCAGCGGCGCCACCGACAAGGCAGCGCUUUCCUCCAUAGAAAAAGAGUCACCUGAAGCCCAAGCUGGAGGUAGUGGCCGUGGUCGCGGAGAGCUACCGGCUUCGGCGUAUAUCAGUUCGACGGAGAAGAAGCGGAUGAGACUUGCCAAUUGGAUGUAUGCUGGAUCGCUAGUCUUCGGCGUGCUCGGCAUUGCCUACCUAGGCCGAGAAUGGGACGAGGAAGAGUCUCAGAUACACACCGACAUACCCAAUGGCUGGUCGUUUAGCUUGUGGUAUAAGCGCAUGAUGGCUCGCUUCGGUGACGUCACGAGCUAUUACAGCGAACCCGCCUUUGACAAGCUAUUACCCGAUCCCGACCCUAUGUUCGCACGACCGUACACGCUUUGCAUUAGUCUCGAGGAUAUGUUGGUACAUAGCGAAUGGACGCGAGAGCACGGCUGGAGAGUUGCGAAGAGGCCGGGUGUAGAUUACUUCCUGCGGUACCUCAGCCAGUACUACGAGUUGGUGUUAUUUACGAGUGUACCAUUUGCUAUUGGAGAGCCGUUGGUUCGCAAGUUAGACCCUUUCCGAUUCAUCGUCUGGCCUCUGUUCAGAGAGGCUACCAAGUACAAAGACGGUGAGAUUGUCAAGGACUUGUCAUACUUGAACCGUGACCUCUCCAAGGUCAUCAUAAUCGACUCAAAAGCAGAACAUGUCCGGAACCAGCCCGAAAAUGCCAUUGUGCUGAACAAGUGGACUGGCGACCCUAAAGACACCGAGCUCGUCUCGCUCAUCCCCUUCCUUGAGUAUAUACACACUAUGCAAUACAAGGACGUAAGAGCAGUCAUCAAGUCUUUCGACGGCAAGCACAUCCCGACCGAAUUCGCCCGCCGAGAAGCGAUCGCUCGUAGGGAAUUCCAAAAGCAAUUCGACUCCGAGAAGAGGAAGCGAAAGAGUGGAAUGGGAGCUCUAGGCGGCCUCCUCGGACUAAAGCCGAGUAACAUGAGCAUGAUGGUCCCGGCGGAAGGAGAGAUCAGCCCGAGCGAGGCUUUCGCGCAAGGUAAGAUGUUGCAGGAUAUUGCGCGGGAACGGGGCCAGCGCAACUACGAGAUGAUGGAGAGGGAGAUCCGCGAAAACGGCGAGAAGUGGCUCAAGGAAGAACAACAGGCCAACGAGAAGGCGCAGGCCGAGGCCAUGAGCAGUAUGAAGUCUUCCUUCUCGAACUGGUUCGUGCCUGCCAAACCCGAGGAUAACCCUGCUCCUACCGAGCCCAAACAAUAAAUUAGUUUAACUGGGGAGAUGUGUAAUUUGUGGGGAUGUAUGAUAUGAAAGAACGCUUGGGGAAAGGCGUUGAAUAAUCGCAUCGUGGUUGUGAAUGGAUGGGGGUUAGUUACGAACGACGACGACGACGGCCCUAAACCACUAUUCCCAACUGCCACUACUAUUACUAUUAUUAUUAUUACGUUAUCCCGGAACGAGACGAAACUCUACUCUGAAACGGCGGGGAAUGGUUUGCAUAGGACGGGCUGAAUGAAUGGGGUGCUUGGGAUGGAUGGAAUCUGAUUGACUGACAUGCAUACACACAUACAUACACAUAUCGCGGCCACGGCUUAAAGAAAAAUCUACUCGCGUCUUAGCUUGGGAAAGGUUCUUAGGGACUUGAAAGAUGGGGGAAAGGGG